AAUUUUAAAGGUAUAAAAGGGACGGUUUCUAGGUACUUCAGCAUAUCUACUCUUGAAAGCACCAGUAAAUUCAACAUGUUCAAAUCGUUUGUCUUCGUCGCCAUUUUGGCUUUGGCUGCUGCAGCUCCUGAACCCGCACCAGCUCCUGGACCUGCACCAGGUCCUGAACCUGCACCCAAACCUGAAUUAUUGGCUCAACCUCUGGUUUACAGCAGCUAUCCUAGUUACUAUACCAAUUACUAUGGAAUCGCGCCUCUUCCAUAUCAGCCUCUUGUCACCAGUUAUUCCGGACUUCCGGUCGUUAAACCAAUCGCAUAUGCAUUAUAAUUUCAACUUCAUGAUCCGUCGCACCGAUAUUUCCAAAUUUCAUAAAUAAGUAAUCACCGAUUUUUCCAAAUUUCAUAAAUAAAUAAUCAUCUUUUUUCCCUCAACACCAUUCAUCAUCUUUCAUCAUUCAAACUGUAAAGAAUCCUGAAACUGAUCAACAAUAAAGUUGCUUAUAAGCUCAUCUAA